GUCGUAUCAGUUGCUUACUUGCACGUUUCACGUUUUUGUGUGUCAGGGCGUGUCUUGCGUGACUCCAACUUAAAUUACAGCUACAGUCCGAGUUUGUGGAGAGGAAAGCGUACGAGAAAGUAGCUUUUCAUUUCUUUCAGUGCCUCCUUUGGGCGGGACUACGCAUCGUGUCAGUGUCAGGAUGCUCCCAACCCUCUCCUAAGCAGACACCGUACUGUUGCAACAUGUCGGUAGAGACGUGCGGUAAACUCCUCUCGCGUUUCACCAGAAUACGACCCUGCCUCCUUCCAGUUACGAUCGACUGCUCGUAUGCGAGAAGGUCUUUCACGUCCGACCUAAAAGGUAGGCAGCAGAUACGACCACUAGAUGGCGUCAAAGUCUUAGACCUGACCAGAGUACUGGCUGGUCCCUUUGCCACGAUGAUCCUGGGAGAUUUGGGUGCUGAGGUGAUCAAAGUGGAGCGACCAGGGCCUGGAGAUGACACAAGAGCAUGGGGGCCUCCAUUUGUGGGUAAAGAGAGUGCUUAUUUCCUCAGUGUGAACAGGAAUAAAAAGAGCAUUGCUGUUAAUCUCAAGGAUCCAAGUGGAGCCAAACUUGUAACGGAGCUUGCCAGAUGUUGUGAUAUUCUGGUGGAGAAUUAUCUUCCUGGGAAGCUGGAAGAGAUGGGAUUGGGCUAUAAGCAUCUGAGUGAAGUAGCCCCUCAACUUAUCUACUGUUCCAUCACAGGCUAUGGUCAGACAGGACCCCAGUCACACAAGCCUGGCUAUGACUCUAUAGCAUCUGCUGUAUCUGGGAUGAUGCACAUCACAGGCCCUGAGGAUGGGGAUCCAGUUAGGCCUGGUGUUGCUAUGACAGAUCUGGCUACUGGCCUGUAUGCUCAGGGAGCUGUGAUGGCAGGCCUUCUGCAGAGACAGAAGACUGGACGAGGCCUUCACAUCGACUGCAACCUGCUCUCAUCUCAGGUGGCAUGCCUCACUCAUAUAGCUGCAAACUACCUCAAUGCAGGAAAAGAAGCCAGAAGAUGGGGCACUGCCCAUGAAAGUAUAGUCCCCUAUCAGGGCUUCAAAACAAAAGAUGGCUACCUUGUCGUGGCUUCUGGAAAUAACCAGCAAUUUUUUAAAGUGUGCAAAGUUCUGGGCAUGAAUGACUUGGCAGAAAAUCCAAAUUACAAAACCAACACGUUACGAGUGCAGCACCGCAAAGAGCUGUUGCAUCUUCUAUCUGAGAGGUUCCUGGAAGAGUCCACUGCUGAGUGGCUUAGACGGUUUGAAGGCACUGGAGUUCCCUGCGGCCCCAUCAACACUAUCCAGCAGGUGUUCUCUGACCCACAGGAGUCCGAUUCGGUCUUUCACCCCCCACGCCAACACACUCAAGGAAGGAAAGCUCUGUGGAGAGAUCAGCAAAUCAACACUAGCUGCAAAGACAGGGGGGGAAAUUAGCCAGUGGACAUGAAGAGUUGACAGUCCAGAGGAUGGACCACACCAGUGGCAGACAGAAAACCAGAUGGAGAACAUGAGUGAGAGGAGAUGGGGGGGUUAAGAGGUGAAAAAGAGAGAGUGAGAUGGAAAGACAGUGGACGAGAGGAGCAAGGUGAAGACAAACGAGGAAAGCAGACAACUCUAUUCAGGGCAGAAAUGAAGGUUCAGGUCAUGUUUUCCUAGAAAGCAGAGUAUUUGUCUGGCUUGAUGAACUGACCCACUACAUUAUCAUAAUGGACACUUGUCUUUCCCCGUGCACUGACCUGAAAAGGAAACUUACCCAAUAAAUCUUGAACUGUGGCCAUUUUUUCCAGGUACUUCCUCUUCAACUGGAUGGUCAGUAAGUUCAGCCUUUUGAAAUCUCUACUAUACGUCAGCUUUUUAGACAGCCUAUAACUCAAGGUGCUUCCUUUCUGUCUCCUUUACAUCUUCUCCCUUUAAAGGCAGAGAUGAUUAAGUAUCUUCCUUGAACUUAAGUAUUAUUCAAGAAUUUUUGUGUCACAUCAGGUGUUUUGGCUCAUUUUAGAACCCCAAACAAUACUAUAAAUUAUGUGUGGCAAUGUGAACCUGCAUGUUCAGAUGAGGGCAGCUUCUUUAGAUACUUGCGGUAUUUCAGUCAGGGACCAGAGUAGAAGGCUGUUUCACUUUUAACAGAUGCACACAGAGUGGCCAAAUGCCUCUGAUAGGAUUUCAUACCUCGAACAUCUACGAUAUAUGAACAUUGGGUUUCACUGUAUUUUUCUUCAGUGACUCUAGUAUGUCUGAUACUGUGCACAGGUCAUGUCGGCCUUUAUUGUCUUCCUACAUGAAUAACCUGUUUCUGGUAAAAGGGCAGGUGUAGGUAACAGUUAUAUGAACUAUCAUCUUUGCAAAGUCAGAAAAACUCUGAACCAUCAUUAUGCUCUCCUAAAGUUUGCUUUUGAGCAUCUAGAGCACCAGUGGGGAACUGAGGCCUGGAGUCCAACACCGUCUGAUGGUUUUCUUGCUCUAGCACACCAGCUAAACCUGGUAAUUAGGAAUCAGGUGUGCUUGAGUAGGAACAUCACCAAACUGCAAGAAUCUGGCCAUCCAGGAGUGGGGUCCCAACCCCUGAUGUAGACGAAAGUUGCCUGGAAUUGAGCACAAGGAAUUUCAACACUGGUUUUCUGAACUUCAUCUCUUUGAGGCCUGUUUGGACUUGGUCAAAUACUUUUAGCUUGAUCUGGUGCCCAGUUCAACUAAGUUGCUUAUGUGUUUGUAGAAACCCAAAGCCAUGUCUUCUUCUUCUUACACACCCCUCACGCUAUGAUGACCAAAAAGGAUUCAGUUUUGAAUCUGUGAAAUAAACCUUAACAUUGCUUCAUGAAAGCUGCUCCCAAGAAUGAUUUCCAGUGACGCUCGCUCAUAUUGCAAUUACAUUUUCCUGUGUGUUUGGCAUGCGCAGUGUAUCACAUUGCUUAUACAUCUCCAUAAAUCAUAGUGGUGACAGCGAGGUUAUGUUUUGGUCUGGUGCUGCAGUUGGUGUUUCCUGGCCUCUGAAUCGUCGAUCAGUGUCUUGACUUCACAAAGCCAGUGGCUGUUCACAAAUGAGCAGGUUAUCGUCUAUCUCUGCGCCAAGCUGCACACCUGGAUCCGGUCCUCAGAAAUAUUAAUAUUAAUGUUGAUGUUUCCAAUGCACUGUUGCACAGAUGUUGGACUUGAAUGAAAUAGCUAGCAGAUGUGAAAAUGGAUGAAUGUUAGGUAUUCUCACGGACAAAAAGAAGGUCCAUAUUCCUUUCCAGAGCUUCCAGUAGUCGAUAACUAGAUGCCUAUUACUGCAAUGUGUAUGAGAGAGAGAGAGAGAAAGAGAGCUUACACAGGGAUCUUUGUUUGCUCAGAUUAUUCAAGUCAGUUUUAUUUCAAUGUAGGUCUGUUUACAGCUGACUUUUUACAGCUGACAGUAGCCAAGUUUUCGUCCAGCCAUCAAAUUAAAUUCAAGCUAGGAACUGAAAUGUCACAAAAAGUUAGCCAGACAAAAUUGCAUCCAUCACUUUUGUACAAGACCAUAAAACUCUCUACAUCAUACUCAUUAUUAAAAAUAUUUCUGAGAAAUAUAGGCAAAAUGUACAAAGAACUUUUAAAGUUAAGCAGCU